AUGUCUGAUUUUCUGCAUGAUGCAAAGCGCUUUGUUCUGAAAAAUCGCCAGAUAGCCGAUGAAGCACCGCUUCAAAUCUAUUGUGCAGGGCUGGUAUUUGCACCUCGAACGGCAAUAAUCCGUAGAGAGUUCCAGUCGGAGCUUCCUAGUUGGAUAUGCCAGUUCCCAAAAGUUAAUGAAACCUGGAGUGCAGAAUUACAGGCUCUCGAGGGCCAUACAAGCCCGGUUUUUUCGGUGGCAUUCUCAUCCGGCGGCCAGCUUCUGGCGUCCGGCUCUAGUGAUAACACAGUGCGGCUGUGGGACACGGUAACGGGAGGCCUGCAGCGGACCCUCAAGGGCCAUACAAGCCCGGUUUUUUCGGUGGCCUUCUCGUCCGGCGGCCAGCUUCUGGCGUCCGGCUCUAGUGAUAACACAGUGCGGCUGUGGGAUACGGUAACGGGAGGCCUACAGCGGACCCUCAAGGGCCAUAUAGACUGGGUUAAGUCAGUGGCAUUCUCGCCCGACGGCGGGCUGCUGGCGUCCGGCUCUAGUGAUAACACAGUGCGGCUGUGGGACACGGUAACGGGCGACCUACAGCAGACUCUUAAAGGCCAUAUAGGCUGGGUUGAGUCAGUGGCAUUCUCGCCCGACGGCCUGUUGGUAGCGUCCGGCUCUUUUGACCAAACAAUACGCCUGUGGGACCUGGCAACUGGCAAGCUCCAGUCUGUUUUGGAUCUGGAAGAUCAUUCUAAUCGGGUGCGAUCGGCAGCCUUCCCUCACGACGGCAGGCUGCUGGCGCCUGGCUCUUUUGACCAAACAAUGAACCUAUGUGACCCUGCAACUGGCAACUUCCAGUCGAUUCUGGAGUCUAGUUGGGUGCGGUCGGUGGCCUUCUCUCACGAUGGCCGGCUCCUGGCGUCUGGGUAUCAAGAUAACAUAGUGCGGCUAUGGGACCCGGCAACCGGUAAACUCCAGCAGACUUUCGAGGGCCAUUCAGAUUGUUUUAGCUCAGUUACUUUCUCGUCAGAUGAUAUACUGCUAGCUUCUAGCACCACUAGGGGCACAGUACAUAUCUGGAACCCUGCGAUGGAGGCCCUGGAGCAAACACUCGAGGGCCAUUCAAGCUGUAUUACUUCGGUGGCCUUCUCGUCUAAAGACCGGCUUCUGGCUUCUGGAUCCAGUGAUUGCACAGUGCGGCUCUGGGACCUGGCGACCGGCGUAUUCCGGCAGGAUUACGAAGGCCAUGAAGAAACGGUUCAAACAGUGGCCUUCUCGCCUAAUGGGCAGCUGCUAGCGUCCGGCUCUUUUGAUCACACAGUACGGCUGUGGGACACGGCGACGGGUACUCUCAAACAGACAUUCGUGGGCCAUACAGAUUCGGUUGAGUCGGUGGCCUUUUCGUCUGACGGUCAGCUGUUAGCAUCCGGCUCUGAUGAUAGGACGAUACGUAUUUGGGACCUGGCAACCGUCAAACUCCAUCAAACUUUUGACAGCCAUUCAGACUCAGUGCUUUCAGUAGCAUUUUCACCCGACAGCCGGCUUCUAGCGUCCGGUUCCAGUGAUGGGGUAAUGAGGCUGUGGGACACAGCGACGGGCGCCUUACAGCAAACCUUCGGUACAGAGGGAAGGGUUACUGAACUUGAAUUCUCUCAAGAUGGUUUACAUCUCAGCACCAACCUUGGAUCGUUUCAUAUCCAAUCUAAGUGUAAGAGUCCUCUCUCUAGUUCGCCCAAGACCAACCCAGAGGCCAUUGUGGUGCAACGGGACUGGAUAAUCUUGAACGGAAAACAAGUACUAUGGCUUCCUCCUGAGGUUCGACCGUCGUGUUCGGCAAUUAAAACCAAUAAGAUUGCCCUGGGACACGCUUCGGGUCGGAUUUUCUUCAUAGUAUUCCAGGUAUGA